AUGGUGCUUCAAGAUCUCGGGCGGCGCAUCAAUGCCGCCGUCACUGACCUCACGAGGUCGCCAAACCUCGAUGAGAAGGCUUUCGAAGCCAUGGUCAAGGAGAUCUCCAACGCCCUCGUCGAAGCCGAUGUCAACGUCAAACUCGUCAUGAACCUGCGACAAUCCAUCAAGAAAGCCGUUGACUUCAAGCAUCUCGCGCCAGGCGUGAACAAGAAGCGCCUCAUCCAGAAAGCCGUCUUCGAUGAACUCGUCAAGAUGGUCGACCCCCACGCCGAACCCUUCAAGCCCCGCAAGGGCAAAUCGAACGUCAUCAUGUUUGUUGGUCUGCAGGGUGCGGGUAAGACGACAACGUGUACAAAGCUGGCGAGAUGGUACCAGGCAAGAGGCUUCAAGGCCUGUCUGGUGUGCGCCGAUACCUUCCGUGCUGGUGCCUUUGAUCAACUGAAGCAGAACGCAACCAAGGCGAAGAUCCCAUACUACGGUAGCCAUACACAGACCGAUCCUGUCGUCGUGGCAGCCGAGGGGGUGGACAAGUUCAAGAAGGAGCGCUUCGAGAUCAUCAUCGUGGAUACCUCUGGACGUCACCGACAAGAGACGGACCUUUUCGACGAGAUGGUGCAGAUUCAGAAUGCCGUAACUCCCGAUCAGACAAUCAUGGUGCUGGAUGGAACAAUUGGCCAGGCUGCUGAGUCGCAAGCGCGCGCCUUCAAGGAGGCUGCAGACUUCGGAGCUAUCGUCAUUACCAAGACAGAUGGUGCAGCAGCAGGAGGUGGUGCCAUUUCCGCCGUCGCAGCAACGCACACGCCUAUUGUCUUCCUCGGAAACGGAGAGCACAUGCUGGAUCUCGAGCGCUUCGCGCCACAGGCUUUCGUCUCGAAACUGCUUGGCAUGGGGGACGUGCAAGGGCUUGUCGAACACGUGCAAUCGCUCAAACUCGACCAGAAAGACACCAUGAAGCAUAUCACUCAGGGAAUCUUCACCAUCAAGGACCUGCGGGAUCAGCUCUCCAACAUCAUGAAGAUGGGACCAUUGUCUAAGAUGGCAGGCAUGAUUCCCGGUCUCAGCAGCAUGAUGGGUGGUAUGGACGAUGAGGAGGGUGGCACUAAGCUCAAACGCAUGAUUUACAUCUGCGACAGUAUGACUGAGAAAGAGCUAGAGUCGGAUGGAAAGAUGUUCGUUGAUCAGCCCACACGUAUGACACGCAUCGCUCGUGGCUCCGGUACCUCAGUGCGUGAAGUCGAGGAACUACUUACCCAACACCGUAUGAUGGCCGGCAUGGCGAAGAAGAUGAAGGGUGGAAUGGCGAACAUGCAGAAAGCACAGGGUGCCAUGGGAGGAGGAAACAAGCAACAGCAACUCGCGGCUAUGCAGAAGCGCAUGCAAAGUAUGGGAGGAGGCGCCGGCGGUGCUGGUGGUGGUAUGCCAGAUAUUGGUGCUAUGAUGAAGAUGCUCGGUGGAGGCGGCGGUGGCGGCAUGCCCGACAUGUCCGCCCUAGGCGGCAUGGGUGGCAUGCCUGAUAUGGGUGCCAUGAUGAAGAUGAUGGGUGGUAUGGGUGGCAUGCCGGGCAUGGGUGGAGGUGGUGCUGGUGCAGGGCAAGGCAAGGGGAGGAGCAAUGCCUUCAACACUGUUUGGGUUGUUGAAGUGUUUACAUAUAACUUCCGGAUAAGCCUCUGGUAUUGUCUCACACUACCCGCUACCAUUUACUGGCAUCAGAACAUGGUCCUUCUACUGAAUCUCCAUCGCGAAGUCCGUAACAACAUGUUCGCGCACCUCAUUCGUGCGUCACAGGACCUCUCCUUCAUACUCAAGGAAGUCACAUUCUACCACCAAAAGCACUUGACACAGAUGAUAUCCGAACUACGCAUACGCUUUCCACAAAUAGACUUUGACGUCAACGUUCCGUCAAGAGGUGCUGGACUGUUGGCUAUCACUACCAUGACACUUUCACUUCCUGUUGGUCAUCAGAAUAUCCGCCACCUGAUCACAUUAGAAGUGCUUUUGGCGGAAGUGCUGAGAAUGCGUAGGCUGCCUCUUACAGAAGCUCUCAAGAUCGUUCUGCAACCACAGCAGAUGCCAGCGCCUCAGCGGAUGCCGGAGAAUUCACAGCCGAACAGUUAUCAUACAUCUGUUCAUAUGAUUCGUUACUUGAGGCAGUUGAUCGUGAGGAAAUUUGUUGACGAAGAUGAAGAAGUUGAGAAGGGAAGCGUGGGGAGGGUGGUUGUUUGUUGGGCUGCGGGUGCAAGUGAGACAGCGCUAUGGAAGGGCCUUUUGAAGCGUUUACUACCGCUGACUGCGCAGCAGUCGAGCUGCUUUGGACUCGAUGACUGGAUUGAGGACGGGGAGGAGAUAGUCCUGUGGUGGAGGAAAGAUGAUGCUUGA